CCCAUCUCUAGAAAAGAGAGAAAAAGUGCUUAGAGAGAGAGAGCGAGAGAGACCGCCGGUCCGAUAAUCAGAUACAUAUUUUAAUCCCAGACGAGACACAGAAAAGGCUUCAAGAUAGAUACCAUGGAGGACAAUAACACAAGCAGCAGUGCGGGCGGUACGUCCAUCAAACACGAGGACCCAUCGGUGACACUCACAAUAAGGCUGAUUAUGCAAGGAAAGGAAGUUGGUAGUAUUAUUGGUAAAAAGGGUGAAAUUGUCAACAGAUUUCGUGAAGAGUCUGGUGCCAAAAUUAAUAUAUCGGAUGGGUCGUGCCCGGAACGUAUUGUGACUGUGUCUGGUACAACUAAUGCAAUCUUUUCGGCAUUUACGCUCAUCACCAAGAAAUUCGAAGAGUGGUGCUCGCAGUUCAAUGAUGCAGGCAAAAUUGGCAAAACUCAAAUACCCAUACGAUUGAUUGUGCCCGCCAGUCAAUGUGGAUCGUUAAUUGGCAAAAGUGGCUCAAAGAUCAAGGAAAUACGCCAGACUACCGGCUGCUCCAUACAGGUGGCCAGCGAAAUGCUGCCCAACUCCACAGAGCGAGCGGUUACAUUGAGUGGCAGUGCCGAGCAGAUCACCCAGUGCAUCUAUCAGAUUUGUCUUGUCAUGUUGGAGUCCCCGCCACGCGGUGCCACCAUACCGUAUCGACCAAAACCGCAAGUAACUGGCCCUGUUAUACUGGCCAAUGGACAGGCCUUUACUAUUCAAGGCAACUAUGCAGUGCCCACACAAGAGACCUGUCCAGUAUUUCCACUUGCCCUGGCUACCGGCGGCCUACAUGCUGGUAUUUCAGGCUUAGCGGAUCCUUUAUUAAAGGGGGCACAUUUACAAGGAGCGGUACCAGCACACCACCAUCACCUACAGCAAAUGCCCGAUGUGGCCAAGAACCCGUUGGCCAGUCUGGCUGCCCUGGGCCUGGCUGGCAUGAACCCAGCCAGCACUGGGGGCAUCAACCACACAGCCAACGCCGCCAAUCGCGCCCAACAGCAGCAGCACGAGAUGACCGUGUCCAAUGAUCUGAUCGGUUGCAUUAUCGGCAAGGGUGGCACCAAGAUUGCCGAAAUCCGCCAGAUAUCCGGCGCCAUGAUCAGGAUCUCCAAUUGUGAGGAGCGCGAGGGCGGCAAUACCGAUCGCACUAUAACCAUUAGUGGCAAUCCGGAUUCGGUGGCCCUGGCCCAAUACUUAAUCAAUAUGAGCGUUGAGCUGCAGAAGGCCAAUCUCCUGGAGCAGGCCCAGGCCCAGCAGAACGGAGGAGCGGCUGCUGUGGGAGCCGGAGCUGUGCCCGGAGGAGCUGGAGCCACCGUCGGCGGCGGUACACCCGCCGCGGGCACCAACGGAGCCCUGACCACAGUGGCCCUCGCCGCAGGAGGAGCAGCGGCAGCAGCAGCUGUUGCAGCUGCAGCUGCUGCCGGCGCAGGGGCAGGCAGCAACGGCAGCCCCACGGGAGCCGCCAACGGAAGCAGCAGCUCGAUCAGCAGCAAUGGCAGCGUCUCCGCCUCGUAUGCCGGCGUCAAUGGCAACCAGAGCAGUGCCGGAACACCCAAUGGCACCGCGGCCGGGAUCAAUCCGGUGGCGGCUGCUGCCGCCCUCAACAGCCCCCUCGCCUCGGCCCUGCAGCUGCUGACCAAGCCGGGCGCCCUGAGCGCCCUGUCCAACCUCAGCGCCCUCGAUCUGCUGAGCCUCACGUCGCUGGGCAACGACAACGGCGGCUCGCCGGGCGGACCGCCAGUGCAGACGACCGGCGUGAAUCGCGGCAAGGGACACUACGCGCGGUUCCGGCAGCACCAGGCCGAGACCGGAGUCGAGUCGGAGAAGCAGCGCAACAAGUUUAAUCCGUACUAG